CGUGGUGGGCGGGGCGGCGGGACGGGCGGCCGGGCCGAGAACACAGCUCUGCAACCACUAAAAAAUUAUUCCCUGGGUGCUUCAUGACCACUUGACCCGCAGGUAGGGAGCAAGUACACUCGCACUACAGGAUGUUUCGCCUUCGACUUCUUCCUGUUGCAGCAGGGCUGUCUGCUGUUUCACGGCGUUACCAUGGGACGGCACAUCACCCAAGGACCAGGCGUAGGCUUGUGAUGGCAGCUUUCGUAGGGACAACUGCAGUGACAACAAGUGCCAGAUUCCUUUGGCAGAGGGCCUAUGCAGAAGACUCAUCCUCUGUAAAACAAGAUCCGAGGACUGAGCCAAGUGAGAAGGUGAAGCAUGAGGAGGAGGAGGAGGAAAGCAGCAGCAGUGAGGGUAGAAAAGCCGUUGCAUCGGGCAAUGAGGAGGCUCAGCCGGAAGGGAAGAAGAAGAAGCGUUCCGGGUUCAGGGACCGUAAGGUGAUGGAAUACGAGAACAGAAUCAGAGCCUACUCCACACCGGACAAAAUCUUCAGAUACUUCGCCACUUUGAAAGUCAUAAAUGAGCAUGGUGAAUCGGAGGUUUUUAUGACACCGCAGGAUUUUGUGAGAUCGAUAACACCUAACGAAAAACAACCAGAAAACCUGGGCCUGGAUCAGUUUAUAGUGAAACGCUAUGAUGGGAAGAUACGGGUUAAAUUUUCAUCUAAAUUAUUAGCUGAGCUCAUCCCCACUCUGCAGUCACAUACAAUGAAAUUAUCCCAGGAGCGAGAGAAGUUUGCUGAUGAGGACAGCAUAUUUUAUGCACUUGGAGAAUGUGGACUCAUUUCUUUUUCUGACUACAUCUUCCUCACAACGGUCCUUUCCACUCCCCAGAGGAAUUUCGAAAUUGCCUUUAAGAUGUUUGAUCUGAAUGGUGAUGGUGAGGUGGACAUGGAAGAGUUUGAGCAGGUCCAGAGCAUCAUUCGUUCCCAAACCAGCAUGGGCAUGCGCCACAGAGACCGCUCUACAACAGGGAACACGCUGAAAACUGGCUUCAACUCUGCGCUGACAACAUACUUCUUUGGGGCGGAUCUGAAGGGGAAGCUGACAAUCUCCCACUUCCUUGACUUCCAGCGCAAACUACAGCAUGACAUCUUGAAGCUGGAGUUUGAGCGGCACGAUCCGGUGGAAGGGCGGAUCACGGAGCGGCAGUUCGGCAGCAUGCUGCUGGCCUACAGCGGGGUGCAGUCCAAGAAGCUCACCAUCAUGCUGAAGCAGCUCAAGAAGCACUUCCAAGAUGGAGAGGGGCUGACAUUUGAGGAGGUGGAGAGCUUCUUCACUUUUCUGAAGAACAUAAAUGAUGUGGACACGGCUUUGAGCUUCUACCACAUGGCAGGAGCUUCACUUGAUAAAGUGACGAUGCAGCAGGUGGCCAGGACAGUGGCCAAGGUGGAGCUCUCCGACCAUGUGUGUGACGUGGUGUUUGCACUCUUCGACUGCGAUGGGAACGGCGAGCUGAGCAACAAGGAGUUUGUUGCCAUAAUGAAGCAGCGCCUUAUGAGGGGCUUGGAGAAGCCAAAGGACAUGGGUUUCACACGACUCAUGCGGGCAAUGUGGAAAUGCGCCCAGGAGACAGCAUGGGACUUCACCAUGCCUAAGCAGUAGUGGGAUCGGGGAGGAGUGCUCAGCUUCCACAUAUCAGCCCUGCCACCAUUGCUGAGGACACCUACAGGGUGGCAUCAGGCUCUGGCAAGCCCAGACUGUUCAUAACAGGAGAUUUUUGUAAAUCGAAGUUAGAAAUCAAAGCCUGUUUUAUUUACAGCUUCUGCUUGCCACUGGCCCCUUAACAUUGCCCUAUCAGGAAAAAGAAAAGGACUUUUCUUUGUGCUGCCACCUCCGCUUCAUGAUGUGCCCUGCCUGCAGUUGGGUGUCAAGCGAGUUGAUGGGGCUGCACCCAAAUCACUUUUAUUUAACGUUACUACAAAACAGCCCAGGGUUUAUUUUAAUUCUUAGAUGGCUCCCAAGAAAAAGCCAUGGGAUUCCUGCAUAGAGCAUACCGGUGGGACCUAGGAGCAGAGGCUGGAGCAGCCCAGGAUUUCCAUCAGCCAAAUGCUCUGUGCUCCUGCAGACUGUCAGAGGGGGUGGAUGGGACAGGCGCACUCACAGAGGGGCUGCCUGAGCUGAGGUGCUGCCUCUGGUGUAAGAGCAGUUAAAAGUAGUGGAGCAACUGGCUGUUCUGCCCAUCCUGCCUUGCAUAAGCAACUUGCUGUGGGAGGUCUCCAAUUAGUGUUUUUUAAAUGGGGAGUGCGCUCUGUGGGGAAUUGUCGUUCUGUAACGGGAAUGAGCUGAAAGAUCUCUUUGAGUGCUGUCCUCUCAAAAGUAUCACGUAAAGAUGUUGCUCACAACAA